UUUUCAUGAAGAGCUGCGUUUGUGUGUCAGUCAUCCGGAGAGCGAGAGGGCGCACGCGCUUAUAAAGGACAACUAUUAAUAUCUAGAACUUCGCCCCGAUUAUGUGCUGGUCUUGUAGUUAUUGGGGUUAAAGUGUAUUAGUUAUCUCUCCCCACUCCGUGAUACCAGACCUCUAUAUAAACGAGUCUCAAAAAGCAAACAAUGACAUCGUCUUUGCUGCAUAUAUUAUAUAUAUUAGAUUGAUUAAUAAUUACGCGUAAAACUUUGAUAUUUAAAUGGUCCCUAUUAUGAAACUCAAAGACAAACUCAAACUGAAAAAUAGGCUUCUGAGAGAAUGCUUAGCGGAGUUUUUGGGAACAUUUGUGCUUAUGGUAAGUAUAAUAACGCUAAUAUCAUUAAUAUAUGAAUUCAUAAUAAUAAUAAUAAUAAUAAUUUAUGAAUUGGCAGAUACAGGUCAUAUUUUAACCGGCACGGAGGCGGCCGGUCGCUGUACAAAACAAAUCUUAAGAAAGCGACCGAUUUUCCUGAGAUAUACAAUAAAUUAUAAAAGUUUUUAGCGCGUCUGCCGUGAUGUGCUUUACAAUGCUUCCCUAUGCUUUACCAGACCUCUCUGUGCUUUACAAUGCUUCCCUAUGCUUUACCAGACCUCUCUGUGCUUUACAAUGCUUCCCUAUGCUUUACCAGACCUCUCUGUGCUUUACAAUGCUUCCCUAUGCUUUACCAGACCUCUCUGUGCUUUACAAUGCUUCCCUAUGCUUUACCAGACCUCUCUGUGCUUUACAAUGCUUCCCUAUGCUUUACCAGACCUCCCUGUGCUAUAAUGUCUGUUUUCCCUUCAGUUGUUUGGUUGCGCGGCAGCAGCGCAGGUCAAGACCACCAACGAGGUGAAGGGUCAGUACCUCUCCGUCAACCUGGCGUUCGCUGUGGGCGUCGUCUCCGCCGUCUACAUCUCCCGAGGAGUCUCCGGAGCGCACCUGAACCCCGCCGUCUCUCUCAGCUUCUGUGUGCUGGGGAGGUUCCAGUGGAAACGGUUGCCUUUUUACACCCUCUUCCAAAUCAUGGGGGCCUUCGCGGCGUCCGGAAUGGUCUUCAUUCAAUACUACGACGCCAUCAUGCAGUACAGCGGGGGCAACCUCACAGUCACUGGGCCCUUAGAGACGGCCUCUAUCUUCGCUACCUACCCCAGUGAAUAUCUCUCGUUUUCAAAUGCGUUCGUGGACCAGGUGAUCGGCACAGCCGCCCUGCUCCUGUGCAUCCUCCCCCUGGAUGAUUCCCGGAACAGCCCGGCUCCCGAGGGUCUGCAGCCCCUGCUGGUUGGCUUUGUGGUCCUGGGGAUUGGCAUGGCCAUGAGCUCCAACUGCGGGGGGGCCAUCAACCCCGCCAGGGACCUGGGGCCCCGCCUGUUCACCCUGGCAGCGGGCUGGGGCCCCGAAGUCUUCACGGCGUUUGAGAACUGGUGGUGGAUUCCCGUUGUGGCCCCUCUGAUCGGUGGAGUGACGGGGGCUUCACUGUAUCAGCUUUUCAUUGAGUUUCAUCACGAGGACCCGGAGACAGACCAGCCCGAGGCGAAGACGCGAGAGAACGGGGCGUCCCAAACCAGCAAGUUUUGAAAAAACGUUUUUGCUUUUUAUUUUACGCUGAUGAAGGCACUGGAGCCCAAACGCUGGUCUGCUUGACUCGGUCUCUUCUAGCUUCAAUAAUAACACUGAUGAAGGCACUGGAGCCCAAACGCUGGUCUGCUUGACUCGGUCUCUUCUAGUUUCAUCUCAAUAAUAACACUGAUGAAGGCACUGGAGCCCAAACGCUGGUCUGCUUGACUCGGUCUCUUCUAGUUUCAAUAAUAACACUGAUGAAGGCACUGGAGCCCAAACGCUGGUCUGCUUGACUCGGUCUCUUCUAGCUUCAAUAAUAACACUGAUGAAGGCACUGGAGCCCAAACGCUGGUCUGCUUGACUCGGUCUCUUCUAGUUUCAUCUCAAUAAUAACACUGAUGAAGGCACUGGAGCCCAAACGCUGGUCUGCUUGACUCGGUCUCUUCUAGUUUCAAUAAUAACACUGAUGAAGGCACUGGAGCCCACACGCUGGUCUGCUUGCCUCGGUCUCUUCUAGUUUCAAUAAUAACACUGAUGAAGGCACUGGAGCCCCAACGCUGGUCUGCUUGACUCGGUCUCUUCUAGUUUCAAUAAUAACACUGAUGAAGGCACCAGAGCCCCAACGCUGGUCUGCUUGACUCGGUCUCUUCUAGUUUCAAUAAUCACACUGAUGAAGGCACUGGAGCCCAAACGCUGGUCUGCUUGACUCGGUCUCUUCUAGUUUCAAUAAUAACACUGAUGAAGGCACUGGAGCCCAAACGCUGGUCUGCUUGACUCGGUCUCUUCUAGUUUCAAUAAUAACACUGAUGAAGACACUGGAGCCCAAACGCUGGUCUGCUUGACUCGGUCUCUUCUAGUUUCAAUAAUAACACUGAUGAAGGCACUGGAGCCCAAACGCUGGUCUGCUUGACUCGGUCUCUUCUAGUUUCAAUCACACUGAUGAAGGCACUGGAGCCCAAACGCUGGUCUGCUUGACUCGGUCUCUUCUAGUUUCAAUAAUAACACUGAUGAAGGCACUGGAGCCCAAACGCUGGUCUGCUUGACUCGGUCUCUUCUAGCUUCAAUAAUAACACUGAUGAAGGCACUGGAGCCCAAACGCUGGUCUGCUUGACUCGGUCUCUUCUAGUUUCAUCUCAAUAAUAACACUGAUGAAGGCACUGGAGCCCAAACGCUGGUCUGCUUGACUCGGUCUCUUCUAGUUUCAAUAAUAACACUGAUGAAGGCACCAGAGCCCCAACGCUGGUCUGCUUGACUCGGUCUCUUCUAGUUUCAAUAAUAACACUGAUGAAGGCACUGGAGCCCCAACGCUGGUCUGCUUGACUCGGUCUCUUCUAGUUUCAAUAAUAACACUGAUGAAGGCACCAGAGCCCCAACGCUGGUCUGCUUGACUCGGUCUCUUCUAGUUUCAAUAAUCACACUGAUGAAGGCACUGGAGCCCAAACGCUGGUCUGCUUGACUCGGUCUCUUCUAGUUUCAAUAAUAACACUGAUGAAGGCACUGGAGCCCAAACGCUGGUCUGCUUGACUUGGUCUCUUCUAGUUUCAAUAAUAACACUGAUGAAGGCACUGGAGCCCAAACGCUGGUCUGCUUGACUCGGUCUCUUCUAGUUUCAAUAAUAACACUGAUGAAGGCACUGGAGCCCAAACGCUGGUCUGCUUGACUCGGUCUCUUCUAGUUUCAAUAAUAACACUGAUGAAGGCACUGGAGCCCAAACGCUGGUCUGCUUGACUCGGUCUCUUCUAGUUUCAUCUCAAUAAUAACACCUGUGCUUUUAUCCUUUCCCCUUAAAUUUGGACAUCGCAGAAAUGACGACACCUCAGUUAAUAGCUUCUAGGAAACAAACACUCCCUUUCAAGGACAUACAUUUGCAGUAGAAUUGUAUACAAUUGUAUUUUUUGUAUGUAUAUAUAUUGAUAUAUUACAAAGAGGGUAUUAUCUUAGUAAACUGGGUGUGCUUUACCUCCCCCGUGCCUGGAAAAUGUUAAAAUGUAAAACACCAAAAAUAAUUUUAAAACAAAGACAUGUACUGCGUUGAUACUUGGAAAGAAAUAAAAGGAAAAUAAUAAAAUCUGUCAUCGC